GCGGCGACGAGCGUGCGGACUUCAGGGAGCCGGAGUCCGGAGCGCUCUCCGGAGGCGCAAGGGCUCGAGAUCGCAAGCCGGCGGCGGAGGCGGAGACGGAGGCGGAGGCGGAGGAGUGGGCAGGUGCGCCGUCCAGGAUGAGGACGCCGUUGGUGAUGACUCUGGGCAUGGUGCUCGCACCCUGCGGGCUGCUACUCACCUUGACCGGCACGCUGACGCCCGGCUGGAGGCUGGUGAAGGGCUUCCUCGACCAGCCGGUGGACGUGGUGCUGUACCAGGGCCUGUGGGACAUGUGCCGCGAGCAGAGCAGCCGCGAGCGCCAGUGCGGUCAGCCAGACGACUUGGGUUACUUCGCCGCCGAGCCCGUGCGGGUGGCGCGGGGACUCACGAUCACGUCGCUGGCCGCCACGGCCCUGGGGCUACUGCUGGCGACGCUCGGCGUGCGCUGCUGGCAGGACGAGCCCCACUUCGCGCUGGCCGGCCUCUCCGGCGUCGUGCUCUUCGCCGCGGGCCUCUUGAGCCUCAUCCCGGUCUCCUGGUACAACCACUUCUUGGCGGAUCGCGCCGUCCUGCCCGCCCAGUCCAGCCCGGUCACCGUGCAGGUCGGCUACAGCCUGGUGCUGGGCUACCUGGGCAGCUGCCUGCUGCUGCUGGGCGGCUUCUCGCUGGCGCUCAGCUUCGCGCCUUGGUGCGCCGAGCGCUGUCGCAGCUGCCGGAAGGCGCCCCCAGGCAGGGCGCGCCGCAGCAGCAUCAGCACCGUGUACGUCGACUGGCCGGAGCCCGCGCUCACGCCGGCCAUCAAGUACUACAGCGACGGCCAGCACCGGCCGCGGCCUGUCCAGCUCGGCGCCGCCAGCCAGCGCAAGGUCGGCUUCCCGAUGCCCCGGCCGCCGCCCAAGGCCUACAGCAACCCGGUGGACGUGCUCGAUGGGGAGAAGGCUCCCGACUCCCACCACGGCGGGUCCUCCCGCAGCACCCGGUCCUGCGGCAGCACGCUGCCCUGCGACUCCGACCUGUAGGCAGCGCCCCCAGCCUGCUCUGGCCGGGCCCUGUCUGGAUGAAGGACUCGCCCCACCGCGGUCCAACCUUGAACUUGGCUGUUACC